AUGGCUUCUCGGGCGCGCCUGCCGGGCUCGCCGGCCUCGAUCGCCGUCCUCAUCCUCUCCUUCUUCCAAGGGUCGGUGUGCGGCAUCACGUUCACCUUCACCAACCGCUGCGACGACACGGUGUGGCCGGGCCUGCUGUCGGGCUCGGGGACGCCGCCGCUGGAGACGACGGGGUUCGCGCUGUCUCCAGGGCAGUCGCGCUCGCUGUACGCGCCGCAGGGGUGGUCGGGCCGCUUCUGGGGCCGGUCCGGCUGCGCCUUCGACGGCUCCGGCAAGGGCUCCUGCGCCACGGGCGACUGCGGGUCCGGCGAGGUCGAGUGCCGCGGCGCGGGGGCGUCCCCGCCCGCCACGCUCGCGGAGUUCACGCUCGACGGCGCGGGGGGCAAGGACUUCUACGACGUAAGCCUCGUCGACGGCUACAACCUGCCCAUGCUCGUGCAGGCCGCCGCGCCGGACUGCCCCGACACGGGGUGCCUCGUCGACCUCAACGAGCGCUGCCCCGACGAGCUCCGCGCCGACGACGGCCGCGCCUGCCGCAGCGCGUGCGAGGCGUUCGGCAGCCCCGAGUACUGCUGCAACGGCGCCUACGGCAACCCCAACACCUGCCACCCGUCGCAGUACUCGCAGCUCUUCAAGUCGGCGUGCCCAAAGUCCUACAGCUACGCCUACGACGACGCCACAUCCACCUUCACCUGCAACCACACCGAUUACACCAUCACCUUCUGCCCCAAAUCCACUCCGACCAGUGACAAAUCCAAACAUUCGUCGCGGAGGCCAAGCCACGAGCAACUGGAAGAUUCAGUGUGGCUUGCAUCCUUGAAGGCAAGUGACGCCAGUGCUCUGAAAAUAACGUCAUGGUGGUCGGCGUCCACUGUGCUCCGAUCUGCCCUGGCAAUUGCAGUGGUGACCUUGCUUGUUGCACAACUUGCACCGUAUCAUCCUAUGUGCGGAACCAAACUCAUCGGAUGCGUCUCGCAGAAGACCGGUAGCAAGGGGAAGAGGUUCUACAAGUGUUCACUGCUUGAGCAUACCGAUUUUGCUUGUGGCAUAUACAUGUUUGAAGAACAGUAUGUGGAAUACUUGGUCGCCCAAGGCCAUCUUCCCCGUGGUUGGAGUCAAAUAAGAGGGCGAGACGGCAUGGCGCUGGAGGUGGUGAAGGCUGACAAUGACAUGGUGAAGGCCUACCAAGGUGUUGAGGCCUGCCAAGAUCUGUUGCACAGUGCUGUCAUUCAUCUGAAAGAUUCAGAGGCAAUGCUCAAGGCUCUAGUUGACAGCCACGCCACUUUGGACAACAAUAUUGAAAAGAUAGGAGAGAGGCUGCUUGUAGUUGCUGCUGCAAAACUUUUCGUUUUAGUGUUAGUGCUGUUAGUGUUGUUGGUUAAGUGA